UUCAUGUCACCUGAAUGAACUGAUAUUGCAUAGUUUGCAUUUCCCUUAACUAGACGUGACAUUAGUUGAAGCAACACAAAAGGUUUGCUAAUAUUUUGCAUAGCGCGAAAGAUGAUCUGGGGCAACAGAAAGUUGAUCUGGCAACAGAAAAAUGAUAUCUCAGUAGAUAAUCUAACCUCGAUUGGACAAGCUUUGGUGGUGCAAGCAGGAGCUAUGCAGAAGCAGAAGUUUACGGCUUUUAAAGAAUAAGCAAGCAUUGUUUUACACGUGUUACAGAAGUUUUAGUGUUGAGCAGAGGAUCCAAGGAGAGGAGAUUUUAAAAUAAAGCGGAAAUGGUCCUGACAAUAGAUGAAGCGUUUCGAGAAGUUGGUGAAUUUCAUAAGUUUCACUGGCUAAUGAUCAUCUUAUUUGGUUAUACUUAUUUUGCCCUUGCUUCCUUUCCUUUAAUGGUUGUCACAUUUAUCACUGCGGAACCAAAUUGGCAAUGUGUGAAAGGAUAUAAUAGUUCAAUCUGUAAUUUCAACAAAUCCAUUGGUUUGACCAGUAAACAUUAUAAAGACAGAUGUGACAUGCCAAGAGAGGCAUGGACGGUAGAAGGCUUUACAUCUACUGUAACAGAGUAUGAUCUUGUUUGUGAUAAAUCCAUACUUCAGUCAGUCGCCCAAUCAUGUUAUUGGAUUGGAAUGCUAUUAGGUUUGCUGUUUGCUGGCUAUCUCUCUGAUAGAUUUGGUCGAAAAAAAAUAUUUAUAGCUGGAGUAAUUGCCAUAACGAUCGCUACAUGGAUCAUGAUUUUCCCAAAGUCAUUUAUUGUCUUUAUUGUAUGUCGCAUUAUUAUUGGUGCUGGCUCAGGUUUUCGCCAAGCCAGCAGUAACGUCAUGAUCAUUGAAAUGACCACGGCAAAGUAUCGACCAAAGAUGGGUAUUUUUUCGUUUCUUUUCUGGGUAGCUGGGUUAUUGGUGCUUGCAUUGAUUGCCUACCUCAUUCCUGACUGGAGAUAUAUGUUGUUGGCAACAGCUUGCUUUGCCAUACCAUGUUUGUUUAUACUUUGGUUUGUUCCCGAAAGCAUUCGAUGGUUACAACUUCAUGGCAAAGGAGACAUUGCAAGAAAACAAUUGGAAAAAGUAGCUCGCUUGAAUGGGAAAAAAAUACCAAGUGAAGAUUUAAUAAUUUGUGAAGACACAACACAAUGCAAAAGCUUCAAGGAUCUCUUUUUUAGUUUAAGAAUGACUAAAACGACCCUUAUUUGCUGGAACAUGACAUUUGCCAAUGCCUUAGUUUACUAUGGAGUUUCCUAUAGCUCUGUCGAUCUUGGAGGAAACAGAUAUCUAAAUUUUGCAUUAAUAAGUCUUGUGGAGCUACCAUCAAAUUUAUUGUGCAUUGUUGCUGUCAACAAAUUUGGUCGAAAGAAAGCGGUCAUUGUUGCUAUGCUUAUAGCAUUUUUUGCGAAUAUUAUAACCGUGAUAAUACCAGAAGAUCGUUCAAAUGACGGUAAUACUGGGGCAAGAAUAUUUUUUGCACUUUUGGCAAAGUUUUUUAUAAACUUAUCAUUUUCUGGAAGUUAUAUAUGGCAUACAGAGCUGUUCCCGACAUGCAUCAGGACAAUGGGCAUCGGCACGUCAUCAGGUGCAGCAAGAAUUGGUUCCUUUGCCGCAAGUUACAUUGUUUGGUUGAUUCGUGUUCAUUCCAUUCUUCCAUAUGGGAUUAUGGGUAUAAUUUGUCUCCAAGCAGCUAUUUUAGCAAUGUUUCAGCCCGAAACAAAAGGAAAACCAACAUUAGAAACACUUGAUGACACUGUAGCAAAUAGUAUUAAUCAAGAAAGAUGACAGACACACAUAUUUUGGUGCUAAACACCAAAAGUUAAACAAUGUAGAAAAGAUAAAUUACGUGGAAAUUGGUUGCGGAUGAAUAUAUUAUGUAAAUAUAUUAUGCAUUUGUAAAUCAUAUAAAGCUUAUUUUUGUAUGUAUUUACAUUUCUAAGAGCCUGAUUACAUGGAGGCGACCUGGCCCGGAUAGCGAGCUAGCCGAAUGAUUUCAAGGAAUUGAAAAGAGCCAAAACUUCAAGGUUAAAAAUUACAACUGUUUGCGAAGCCCCACACGUCACUCGGGUUGUAGUUCUUAAAUUAGGGCAAAUUGGUUGUUUCAAUUUUAUAUGUUUUGAGAAGCUUGAGAUGAUUUAGCUGAUGAUAAGUAUUGAUAAGGUAAUUGAGAACUUAUGAUUUAUUAUGAUAAUUUAUUAUGAGCACUUGUGAUAAGAUAAUUGAGCACUUAUGAUUUAUUAUGAUAAUUUAUUAUGAGCACUUGUGAUAAGAUAAUUGAGCACUUAUGAUUUAUUAUGAUAAUUUAUUAUGAGCACUUGUGAUAAUGUAAUUGAGAACUUAUGAUUUAUUAUGAUAAUUUAUUAUGAGCA